UGGCCUGUAAGAAGUUUCCAACGUAGGCUGUGAGCCAAUAGGGCUCAGGGAUUUGCAGGCAGAGCCGGGUGCAAGGGAGGGUUCCCGGAAGCGGCGGCUGCAGAAUUGUGCAGAGGCGGACGAGCAGCAGGGAGUCCCGAAGGCGAAGGUGACAAAUUCUUCUCUCCUUGUGGACUAUGUGGAAUCCCAAUACAGGCCAGCCUGGCGGCUACCCGGGAGCAGCCUAUCCCCCCAAUGCUUCCUACCCUGCCGGCUCCAAUCCUGCCUAUCCUCCUGCAGUGAAUCCUGGUUUCCCUCCAGGCCCUGUGCCUGCUGGCUCGUACCCUGUCCCCCCAGGGAUCCCAGGCCAGCCCGCCUACCCUCCAGGCCAUCCUGUUCAGCCCUCUUAUCACGGUCACCAGCCUGGCUACCCCGUCCCACCUGGUGGCCCUUACCUGCCCCCUGCUCCUGGGAUGCCUGGAGGGAUGGGGGUUAACCCUUUGCUGCCUGGAGCAGUUGCUGUGGGCACCCAUGUGCUGGACAAGAAGGAAGCCAAGAAGAUGAGGAAGAAGAUGAAGAAGGCUCACAAGAUGCACAAACCGCAUAAGCUCCACAAGCUGCAUGGCAAGCAUUCCUCCUCUUCUUCCAGCAGUAGCGAUUCGGACUGAGGCCUCUUCCUACCUUCCAGCUCUACCUCCUUCCCUAAAACGCCGCUUCCUGCAUCCAUCCAAUAAUCACCGGAUAAAUAAUCACCAGAUAAAAACGACUCCUCCUUGCUGCUCCUCCUGUUCUUACAGGUUUGGGCCAAAAUGUCAAGAUUAUCUCGCUGGCAUGCGCAGCAGUCUGCAAAGCCUGAUGGGAACUCUGGUGAUGUUGAUUAAAUAGAACUAGACUGAUCAGCUGCUCUGCAGAAGUAGGAAGGCAUUAUGCGGGUGUAAAGACCACUGGAAAACCUACAAGCCUGUAGCCUUCCGAAAAUGUAGACUGACCAACCCUGCAACCAAUCAAGUCAUUCCUGAGCACCUUGAAGCUUUCUGAUUGAUUCCCAAAUACCUGCAGAAACAUGUCAUGUUAUCACUUUAAGCUGAAAUUUGAAUGUGGGGUGAUGGGUUCGAGUUGGCCGAAGCGCUUUCGGAUUUGCCUUUACUCCCAAAACAACUGUUUGCCUUUUCCAUCUUGCAAGGGGAAAUGGUAAAGCGAAGGAGAGACUGCCCUACAUUUGAAUUGUAUCUGACAAAUGCUUGUUGUUCACUAUAUAAACGAGAAUUAUAGGCUUCUUACUAUAGCAAAUAAAACAUGUUUGAUCGGGGAUAAUUGUGCACUUCGUUAUGAGCAUAUUUUAUGGGCUUUAUAAUGUGAUUUGAGGGGCAAAUUUAUUAGGUUUUUUUGUAGGAUUGUUGAGGAUAAAAAUCUUGUUUGGAAUAUAUCCUAGGAGGUUGUUUACUUCGGCCUGGGAGUUAAUCCCUCACAUUAUACUUUUUAUUAUUACUUCCAUGGGUGCAGCUCUCAUUGAUCUGAAGUAGGUAUCUGGCUUGAGGGGUUGGUAAUGUCUAAUAAAUUACCACAAGGACGUACAUAUGGUGAUACAAUUUUUACAUACCUGCAGUCCAAGCCAUUCCAUUUGGAGGGAACAUGUCCUCACUUUUUAAUCCGUUCUUGACCCUGAGCUAGUUUGCUGGUGUCUUGUCAAGAUAGGGUUGCUUAGAUAGCAUCCAGUUGUAGAUUUUAGGCUUGGAAGAAGUUUAGUCAAAAGUGGGCUGAUUCCGCACACGUUGGAUAAUGCACUUUCAAUGCACUUUAUCAAUCGUUUGAGGUGGAUUUUUUGUUCCGCACAUGAAAAAAUCCAUUCCAAAUGAUCUAUAAAGAGGACUGGAAGUGCAUUAUCCAACGUGUGCGGAAUCACUCGUGGACAAAAUAGGACUUUUAUAGACCUAUUGGAAUAAGGCAAAUGAAAUUUGCUAAGAUAUGAGCUUCCGCUGCUUUGAAAGGCACAAGAGAGGAUGCUGAGCCCUAUCUUAUUGUGAUAGCUUGCUUCCUAGUUCAUGAAUUCUUCCACCACCCUGCCCCUGUCAACAGUUGCACAAAUGUGUGUAUCUAAUGAUCCCAGACUUAAACUUGUUUUUUUGUUGCCUGUGUUCACUAUAAAGGGCUUUUUGAUUUUACUA